GAGCGGGUGACCCACCUCUCAGCCCGGAUGCACGUUCUGGGCUGGGGCUGCCGUCACAACCCCAGGAGCGCCUGACACUUGCUGCUGGACACCAGCUCCAUGGGGCCAGCCCCACUUGAGGCAGCUGGGGGAGGCCUGACACGUCCUCUAACCCCGUUUUGGGCACGCCAGACCCCAAGAAGUCUGUGGUGGGCAGGGGGGUGGCCGUUGCAGUGGAUCCUGGGGAUAAGGGACACGUCUGUGACAAGGAUGGGGAGCUGGGGCUCUGCAGGAGCAUGGGGAUAGCCUUCCCAGAGCCCGCGUGUGCUCUGAGAGAAGGCAGAAAUUGCCAAAAACAAAAGAAAAAUGGAGAGCCUUGGCCCGACUGCAUGUGUGGGGCGAAUGCGGGCCCGGGGGCAGCGCGGAGCAGGGGCAGGAGCCAGGCCUCGGCGCGGCCACGAGGGGAAGCAGCAGCCGCCAGGGCUGGGCCUUCCGCGGGGGGCUGGCGGCAUGUGGAGCGGGGCCUGGCCCUCCCCCGGGCUGCGGGCUGGAGGCGGGACAGGGACAGGCCGAGGGGCAAAACGAGCUUGUGCGUACGCUGUGGGCAGCGUCCCGGUGCCCUGGGCUCCGUGCGAGCCUCGCACUGCCGGCUCGGGCCGGGAGCGCCCCAGCCCCUCCCGAUAAGGGGGAGGCAGAGGGGACGGGGCCCCGCUCGCUGCUCGCUGCGGCGGGCACGACGCUGGGCCCGAGGCUCCCAGCUCCUCGUCUGAGCCAAAGCCCAGGCUGUGCCCGCGUCGUCCCGCCGGGAGCUGCGGGGCCUGGCGCGGGGAUGGGCCGUGCCGCGGCGGGGCUGUGCGGGCCUGCUGACCCGCCGCCUUCCCGCGCGCCGGCGUCUUGCUCCCGGGACGGCGCUUGCGCCGCGCCGCGCUCUCCGUGGCUCGGCCGGGCUGUACCGGUACUUGUGUCUGUUUCUAAUUUAAUAAACGCCCGUUUGGAGACCGAGCGCGGCUGCUGUCGGGGCGCGGAACAGAGGCGGAGCGGCCGCCGCGCCGCGCCGGGCCGUGGCCGGGGGGCACCGGAACGGGGCGGAGGCUGCGGGGAGGCCCUUCCGGGAGGCGAGCGGGACGAGCGGCGCGGCGAUGCUGGCGCGGGCCGGGCUGCGGGCCGGGCCCGGCCUCGGGCUGCUGCAGCGCUCCCAGCAGCUGAAGCGUGCAGCAUGGCUGGCACCAGCACCCUGCCGCUUGAACUCUGGCCUGCCUGUGAAUAUCGGGGUGCUCUUUGUGCCGCAGCAGGAGGCUUGGGUGGUGGAGAGGAUGGGCAAGUUCCACCGAAUCCUUGAGCCUGGUCUGAACUUCCUCAUCCCUCUGCUGGAUCGGAUUCGUUAUGUGCAGAGCCUCAAAGAAAUCGUCAUUAAUGUCCCUGAGCAGUCGGCGGUCACUCUGGAUAACGUCACCCUGCAGAUCGAUGGUGUGCUCUACCUGCGGGUUAUGGACCCCUACAAGGCCAGCUAUGGGGUGGAAGACCCGGAGUAUGCAGUGACCCAGCUGGCCCAAACCACCAUGAGAUCUGAACUUGGCAAACUCUCUCUCGACAGAGUCUUUCGGGAGCGGGAGUCCCUCAAUGCCAAUAUUGUGGAUGCUAUCAACCAGGCCUCAGACUGCUGGGGCAUCCGCUGCCUGCGCUACGAGAUCAAGGACAUCCAUGUACCCCCACGAGUGAAGGAAUCCAUGCAGAUGCAGGUGGAGGCAGAGCGACGGAAGCGGGCGACAGUGCUGGAGUCAGAGGGGACGCGGGAAUCUGCCAUCAACGUGGCUGAGGGGCAGAAGCAGGCCCAGAUCCUGGCAUCAGAAGCUGAGAAGGCUGAACAAAUCAACAAAGCUGCUGGGGAAGCCAACGCCAUGCUGGUAAAGGCCAGGGCCAAGGCAGAGGCUAUCCAGCUCCUGGCAGCUGCUCUGGCACAGCAGCAUGGCAGCGCCGCCGCCUCUCUCUCUGUGGCAGAGCAGUACGUGAACGCUUUCUCCAACCUCGCCAAAGACUCCAACACCCUCCUGCUGCCUGCCAACACUGGCGAUGUCACCAACAUGGUGACACAGGCCCUGGGCAUCUACGCCACGCUGACUAAGUCACAAGCUGUGAAGACUCAGGAGGAGAUGCCCCAAGCCCGAGAGGACUCUCAGCCGCCCCCCACGGAGCUGCUAAAGGCAGAGCAGGCUAGCUCCAGCUAGCGGAGUGCUGGCAGUCCUUGUCCUGCUGCCCUCCCUGCUCAGACGCUCUUCUUCCCUUGGUCCUUAUUUUAUAUUUGGAUUUAAGUCCCCUAAUAAACGGCACCGGUGCUGCUGCAGCACCUCCCCUGGCGCUCAGCAGCCCGACCCCGACAUCCUC